AUGGUAAAACAAACGCCAUAUGGACCUACUUGGAGAAACGAUGCUCAAAUGUUGAUCGAUGAAAAUAAGACAAAAACGAUUAUCUUUUGGACUGAACAUGUUCUCGUCUUAUCCAUCGGUACAAGUAUCAUCUUUGCAUUGAUAACCGUUCUCGGAGUGAUCUACUGGUGUUCGAGAUAUCAACGAUCAUCGAAGAAAAACCAAUGUGAACCAUCGGAACUGACCCCUUUCUCGUCGGUUCACCAUGCUCAAUCAAAAUCAAAGGAAACGAUUUUAUAUCCAAUCUCACCGAAAAUUCCAACGAGUAUUAUGGAAGAAUCGUAUUCUUCAUCUGAUCGUGAAACAGUGAAACCUGUUCGAAAGAAAAAUUUGUUACAAAGCUAUAAGUUCUGGAGCACAUCAACGUCACUUCUAUUUAAACGACGGCGAGGAUCGAACAAUUCUUUAACGAUAUCAGUCACGCCAAUACAAUUGCGCUUGAACAGUCCGCCAACAGAUUCUCCAUCUGAUGAAUACCUACAAACAGCAACACGUCAAUUGACGAUUGAUGAACUGCAUCAACACGCACAAGAUACUCGAGCACUCUAUCAAGAAUUUUGGUCCAUACCAACGAAUCAUUUAGAAAAACUCCGUAUUUAUGGUGCUGGUAUCAAAAAUCGUUAUGGUACAAUCAUUGCAAAUGAACAUUCUCGAGUGAAACUCCCUGAGUUAUCCGGUGAUUCAAUUUCAUCAUAUAUCAACGCCAAUUAUAUCCAUGGUUGGUGUAACGGUGAACGCGCAUUUAUAGCUACACAAGGCCCACUUUCAAAUACAAUCAUUGAUUUUUAUCGAAUGAUUUGGCAAGAACAUGUCCCGGUUAUUGUUAUGAUUACUCGCUUAAUCGAAAAAAAUAAAACAAAAUGUGAACGAUACGUUCCCGAUGCUCAAUCCGAACAGUAUGGUCCAUUUCACGUCGAAGUGAAAUCGACUCUUUAUCGAACUGAUUAUGAAGUACGAAGAUUAACAAUCAAAUACGAAAACGAACAACGUGAUAUUGAUCAUUUCUGGUACACAGCAUGGCCUGAUCAAUCAUGUCCCGACGUGACUAAACCGCUGAUUGAACUUGUACAAAAUGUAGAAAAUAGUCGAAAAGAACUAUCUAGAAUUAAUCAGAACUCCGGUUCUGUUGUCGUCCAUUGCAGUGCCGGUAUUGGUCGUACUGGUUGUUUUAUUGCGUUGAGCAAUGGUAUUAAACAACUAGAUACUGAACAUGUUGUUGAUGUUGUACGAAUACUUUGUAAUUUACGACGCGAUCGUGGUGGAAUGAUCCAAACGCAUGAUCAAUAUCAAUUUUUGUAUCAAGCUUUAAGUGAUUACGCACGAACGUUGAAAUAA